UGCCUGCCUACCUGCCUGUAUACACAGGCCAGGGCGAAUGUGGGUGAUCGGAACCAUGAUGGGACCAUUCAACCACUUCUGGUACAAGAUGCUGGAUUUCUACCUGCCAGGCACCACCUUUUCUACCAUCACCAAGAAAAUUCUCUCCGACCAAAUUGUUGCUGCUCCAUUCUUUGCUUCAUUUUUCUUGAUAGGUAUGGGUAGUCUAGAAGGAGAGACCAUUGAAACCAGCAUAGCUGAUCUCAAAACAAAAUUCUGGGCUAUAUACUUGGCAGACUGGACUGUUUGGCCUCCAGCACAAGCUGUCAAUUUCUACUUCGUGCCGAGCCACCUUCGCGUGAUCUACGUCAACACCAUCACACUAGGAUGGGACACCUAUCUGUCAUACGUCAAACACAGGGAUGCCAAUGGAAAGAAGGCAGCAUUGCUUGAGAAGAAAGACGUCAUUCUUCAACCAAACGUAGAGCUAAAUGGGAACAUCAAGAAAGCUCAAUAGCAAACAUUCUGGUGCCAACAAAAUUACUGCUAUCAAGGAAACCAUGUCAUGGGUUGAUUCCUUUAUAAAGGAGUGGAGAAAUUUCUGUGAAGCUUUCCUUUUGGUGGUCUUAAAGGUGGUUCUCAAGAGCAGAAGUGAUUGUUCUGGUUCAGUAGAUACUAAUUAAUGAAUCCCCUCAAGUAUUAGCAAAUUGACAUUUAGUAUACGGCAUCAAUAUUCUUGUAACCCCCCAAGUAUCCUCCAGAUCAAUUACAGCCAGGUGAAACAUAUUAUUUUCCCAAACAACCAUUGCACAAACUUCAAAACGGCAGUUAUUAAUUUAAAAGUCUUGGGUUGAUCUUCAAAAUUACGUUUGCAAUGUGUUUCUGGAUGGCACCUGUGCAACUUUGACUUUGAUCUCAGGCAGUUAUCCCAUUGAAACCCAUGAUUAAACUAGAGUUCCACAAUCUCAUACCUUCGCCAAAUGAUGUUAAUCAUUAUGACUGACAAAGGAUCCUUAUUUGCAUGAAUUAUAUCA